GAGCGGGAAGGCGCGGGCCGCCGCAGCUGCUCCGGCCGCCGGCCCCGCUUCCGCCCGCGCUCCUCCCUCGCGCAUCCUUGCAAUUCUCCUUUUCCUCCCCCCCUUUCGCUGACCCCCUCUCUUUCCUGCUGUCGCCUCGGGUGCUCCCCCAGCGGAGCGGAGAUUACAGAGUGGUCGCGAUGCCCCAACUCUCCGGGGCCGGCGGCGGCGGGGGGGACCCGGAACUCUGCGCCACGGACGAGAUGAUCCCCUUCAAGGACGAGGGCGAUCCCCAGAAGGAGAAGAUCUUCGCCGAGAUCAGUCACCCCGAAGAGGAAGGCGACUUAGCCGACAUCAAGUCCUCCUUGGUUAACGAGUCCGAAAUCAUCCCGGCCAGCAACGGACACGAGGUGGCCAGACAAGCACAAACCUCUCAGGAGCCCUACCAUGACAAGGCCAGAGAACACCCCGAUGACGGGAAGCAUCCAGACGGAGGCCUCUACAGCAAGGGACCCUCCUACUCGAGUUACUCCGGGUACAUAAUGAUGCCAAACAUGAAUAGUGACCCGUACAUGUCGAAUGGAUCCCUGUCUCCGCCCAUCCCGAGAACAUCAAAUAAAGUGCCCGUGGUGCAGCCAUCCCAUGCGGUCCAUCCUCUCACCCCUCUCAUCACGUACAGCGACGAGCACUUUUCUCCAGGAUCACACCCGUCACACAUCCCAUCAGAUGUCAACUCCAAGCAAGGCAUGUCCAGACAUCCUCCGGCUCCUGAGAUACCCGCCUUCUACCCCCUGUCUCCGGGGGGUGUCGGGCAGAUCACCCCACCUCUUGGCUGGCAAGGUCAGCCUGUAUACCCCCUCACGGGAGGACUCAGGCAGCCCUACCCAUCCUCACUCUCCGUCGACACCCCCAUGUCCAGGUUUUCCCACCAUAUGAUUCCUGGUCCACCUGGUCCCCACACAACUGGCAUCCCUCAUCCAGCCAUCGUAACACCUCAGGUCAAGCAGGAGCACCCCCACGCUGACAGCGACCUAAUGCACGUGAAGCCUCAGCAUGAACAGAGAAAGGAGCAGGAGCCAAAAAGACCUCACAUUAAGAAACCUCUGAAUGCUUUUAUGUUAUACAUGAAAGAAAUGAGAGCCAAUGUCGUCGCUGAGUGUACUCUGAAAGAAAGUGCAGCUAUCAACCAGAUUCUAGGCCGAAGGUGGCACGCCCUCUCCCGUGAAGAGCAGGCUAAAUAUUAUGAAUUAGCGCGGAAGGAGAGACAGCUACAUAUGCAGCUUUAUCCAGGCUGGUCUGCAAGAGACAAUUAUGGUAAGAAGAAGAAGAGGAAGAGAGAGAAGCUGCAGGAGUCCACGUCAGGUACAGGUCCCAGAAUGACAGCUGCCUACAUCUGAAACAUGGUGGAAAACGAAGCUCAUUCCCGACGUGCAAAGCCAAGGCAGCGACCCCGGGGCCUCUACUGGAGAUGGAAGCUUGUUGAAAACCCAGACUGUGUCCAGGGCUUGCCCAGUCGACCCCAAAGGAGAAUUGACACCAACUUCACCCUGAGGUCACUGCUAGAGACGCUGAUCCACAAAGACAAUCACUGCCAACCCCCCUUCAUCUACUGCAAGAGCCAAGUUCCAAAAUAAAGCGUAAAGGAUUUUUUAGAAGAAAAGUAAAAAGCACAUGAGAAUGCUGGCAGGCCCUGGGUCAGCUGAGCAGCUUUCCCCCUCAGCUCCGCCGUGCACUUCCCAGAGCAUCUCGCGUCCAUACCUGAACCCUUGGGCGAGGACAGUAACUCUGCGUUCGCCUGCCUCGAGCAGCUGGAGCAGGCAGCCCGCACACCCACCUGCGACCCCGCGGGGGAUUUGGUGCAGGAGUUCCCUCUUCGUUUGCCUCUUCGUUUCUCUUUGGCCUCCUUUCUCAAGCUUUUCUUUAACAGUGCAAAAGGAUCAAUCUUGUUUGCUUCUUUUUUUUAAACUUGAAUUUUUUUAAUUUACACUUUUUAGUUUUAACUUUCUCUGUUGUAUAUUUUGCUAGCUAUGAGCUUUGAAGUAAAAUUCAAAAAUCUGGAAAAGUUUCAAAUAAAAACGAAAUGAAAAGAAGUCUUUUUUUGAGCGACAUCUUAUCCGAUGAGUGGCUUCUCUGUGAUCACCUGUCACGAUUCGUGGCCUCCCUCUUGGUCGAGUGUUCGGCAGAGCCACGUAACUGCAACAGCCACGUCCACUCUGCUGGGAGCAGGCGGAGUCCUGUUUCGUUUUAUUUUCUGCCGAUCUCUUCUUUUUUUAAACAGUAAACUUUCCCAGAUAUUCUCAGCCGACCCGUUUGCAGUGAAUUUUCAUUUCCUUCCUUCUUGCCCCUUGUUGUAAAAAGCCCAGCACUUGAAUUGUUCUUACUUUAAAUGUUCUGUAUUUGUAUCUGUUUUUAUUAACCGAUUAGUGGGAUUUUAUGCCAGUUGUUAAAAUGAGCAAUGAUGUACCCAUUUUUUUUUAAAUAGCAAGGCACAGCCUUCGCCCCAAACUGUCAUCUAACGUUUGUCAUUCCAGUUUGAGUUAAUGUGCUGAGCAUUUUUUAAAAGAAGCUUUGUAAUAAAACAUUAAGAAAAGAA